AUGGAGCAGUUCUCACCAAAAUUUUUUCAUUUUCCUGGAAUUUCAGCGUUUUUACUCUUAGUUCACUUUUGGGGGAGCUGGGGUACUGAAAUGUCGAUCAUCUGGGCUGAAGCUAAAUCUCAUACUGCCAAUGGUAUUUUUACUGCUGAAAAUCGUAAUAAAACAAAUUUUAAGGAAGAAAUAAGAGAAAUUGAAGAUUUUUUAGAAGAAGAUUGGGGUGAUGAUGAUGAUAGUGAAUGGGAAGAAGAUAUAGAUCUAACGUUAUCAGAAGCUAAUUAUAAAAGGCUUUUGGAAUUAGAAUUAAUAUGGAAGAAAGAUGCUCACUUGGAAAAAAAAACACGCAGACCAUAUCUAACUGGAUUAACUAAAAAAUCUACAUUUUAUGAUAAUUAUGGACCAAGUGGAAAAUGGACUAAAGCUGAAGAGGGUACAUCAAAAUUAACGAGUUUUUUUAGCCCAAAAAAUAAAGAAAUAGAAAUUCUUACAGAAGAUGAUGGAUGGAAUUUUAAAGGAGUUGAAGUUAAAAUCGAAGAUUUAAAGGAAGAAUUAAGGAGAGAUCAAUACAAAAUGUCAGUAAUUGAAUAUAAUAAAAAAAGAGCAAUAUUUGAAAUGUUAAAACAAAUUAAGAGACAGAUCGUCAUUCAAUCGGAAAAAAUGAUCGACAUUCUAUAA